AGGGUGAUCUCAACAAGCAGCUAAAAUUAAUGUUUUCUCAUUCCCAUUUACUGCUCAGAACAUUAGGCGGUGUAUUAAGUUGGAAGAACCCGCCUCAGAACAUCCUCUCUUUGCUCUCUCCAGUUAUUCUAAGGAAUAAAAUCCCUAUCGUUCUUCACGACUCAGAGGAUCUGUCAGUGAGCAUCCUGGAGCAUUACUUCCAGGGUAGUCAGAGCCUCUUCCUGGUGGUGCUGGAUAUUACCGACGCCGCUUUGUUAAAAGCCAGUUGGCUGGGAAAGUACAACGAUCCCGCUUUCGUCCAUGUAAUCCUCUUUAACUCUGUGAGCGUUGUGGAAGCCUUUGUUGAAGGCCUUCCAGAGCGAGUCUGGACCCCUUAUUACCUCCUAUUAGUAAACACAAAUUCUUCCGUCAACGGCUCACGUCUUCUUGCUCUAAAAAAGUUUAAUUACAGCCCGUUUCUUUCGCUUUUACAGCCGAACAUAGUGGAGACUUAUACCAACUACCACAUUCUCACACACGAAAUGUUUCAUCCCAGACAUAAGAUCCUUUCCCACGGCACCUUCAGCCUCGACGAGCCUCACACAUUCGCCACUGUCUUUCCCGACCGCUUCAAGAGCUUCUACGGAUACAACCUCCAGCUGGCCAGCUGGAUCAACGAUUUUCCUUACCUAGUGCCUGGACCUACGCCUCAAGAGACCUACGGAAUGGGCGCCAACAUGCUCAACGAGAUCUCUCGAAGACUUAACUUCAGCGUCACAUAUUAUCCAGAGCCAGAGGACCAACUCUGGGGCGAGAUGGUCAACGGAUCCUGGGUGGGCAUGGUCGGACAGAUCUGGCGACGAGAGAGGGACCUGUGUGUUAACGUCAUGUCGAUCGUCGAGGACCGCUACCAGGCCGUCGACUUCAGUGUACCCUACUUCAGCGAUUCCUACAGCUUUAUUAUCAGCAUUCCCCUGCCCCCUCCCCGCUGGUGGACCAUCGUCCUUCCUUUUACGUGGGAGACCUGGCUCGGGGUAGCCACCUCAGUGGUCAUCGUCUCCAUGUUCCUCGCCCUAUUCUUCAAGGUAGCGGGUAUAGCGUGGACUGCAAGUAACGUGGUGCUACAAGUGGUAGGAACGUUACUGAAUCAAGACAUAAGUCAGCCUACUUUCCUCUCCUCGCUGAGAAUAUUCAGGGGAACGUGGCUGAUGCUGGCGAUGAUUCUCUCUAUCUCGUACACAGGGAACCUGGUCGCCUACAUCACUGUGCCGGUCAAGGCUCACCGUCUCACCUCCCUCAGGGAACUUUCAGAGUCCUCCCUCACGCCCAUCAUGGCAGACUAUGGAAACUUUGUGCCUGGAGCUCUCAGGUCUUCAGAGCAUCCGACCCUGAGUGCCCUAGGCAAGAAGUUGAAGCUCAUUCCCAAGGAUGCCUAUGCCCUCGGUUUUCAGCAGGUACGAAAGGGAACCUACGCCCUGCUGGAGGGCACAGAAUUUAUCGAGUACCUGGUGAUCGCCCACCACCAGGCUGCUACCACCUACUUCCUGCCGGAAAUCCUCUAUCCGAUAGGCAGUAGGUUGGAUCUACCCGAAGAAGACUCCCUGGAAGCACAAGUGCUGGUAUCUGACUUCAUGAAGAAGGAGGGAGAUACACUUCACGAGGACUCUAGCGACACAGCCAGACCACUGAGCCUUCAGGACCUCCAGGUACUCCUAAAGGAUUCAUAUCCUAUCCUGUAG